GCAAAGGAAGCACACGCUCGACAGACUGGAGUCGGCCUACUGGUACCCCAGCCGUGGGGUCAACGAUAAUAGAUCCGGCUGGUCACCGGCAUUUGCGCCCUUUCCGCUAGGGGCACCCAAGUGGCAGUAUGAAGUGCCUGGCCUAAACUUCCACCAAACGCCAUGUAUUGAUGACAAUCUCAACGUGUACAGUGGCAGCGAUUCGGGAACAGUCCUCUCGUUCACAAAGGAGGGCCUCAAGCGGUGGGAAGUGUGGCCGAACACAACUCAUUGCCAGAACCCCGUGCUCUAUGAUGGCAUCCUCUACACCACCUGUCACAGCGGCGAGGUUUUUGCACUGAACAUGGAAACAGGCGAGAAGGUGUGGUCGCACAAGUACACUGACAGCCUUCCCGGAGACACCUACACGGUCAGCGCGGGAGCAGAUUACCUCGUCGUUCCAUUGGGCGACGUCCGAAACGAUUUUGGCGGAUCCUGGGGGGUGGCGGUGCUGGAACGUGCAGACGGACAAGUCAGGUGGGUCUACAACAUGACUGAGAAAACUGACGGGCUUGGCUAUACCAUCAACAUGGCACCGUGCCUUCUCGACGAUUCCAUCAUCGUCAGUGAUACGAGUGGUGGCAUCUAUCGCCUCAGCCUGAAGGACGGCUCGGAGAUCUGGAGGGUGCCUGGGAAUAGUCCCGGUAGCUUCACCUUGGGUGGCGUAGCAUGCGCAGAGGGCAUGGUCUUCAAUGGCUUCUCCAAGGAGAAUGCGACGGGCGGGCUUCAGGCUCUGUCUGCAGCCACGGGAAAGCCAGUUUGGGCGAUCGAUGUCCCCAGAGCCAUCCACAACGCUCCGGCGGUGGGGCGCUUGUGGGGUUCGCUGAAGGUCGGAGUUGUCGCUGGCAUCGGUACGCCCGCCGGCUUUCCAACACCAGAUCCUGCCUUCAUCACAGGCACCGUGAUGGCUGUGGACGCUAUGACAGGCGAGACAAUCUGGACCUUCGACCCACCACCAUGGCUGCACACGGGCGCUGCUGGGUCGACUAAUGAGCAGAUGUGCCUGCCCGAUCUCUUCUCCGCCGCGACCAUUUCUGGAGACGGAACAGUAUACAUCAACUGGUCAGCCGGUGGUAUCACCUAUGCCCUGCGCGACGACAACCACGAUGGCAAGAUCUCUUUGGAGGAUCCUACCGAGGUCUCGGCCUAUGACCUCGGCUCUGGAGCAACUGGGCCUCCAGCCAUUGCACCGGGGAUGAUCUUUGUGAACACCUGCCGCCGGCCCAGCGCCUUCAUUUCGUGA